AUGUUUCUCAAGCAAAUUGAUCUCACAACCGCGCUCCGGCCCUCAUAUCUGCCAGACGAAGUGCUACUAUGCCUCCAGGAUAAUGUGGGGCUUUACGAGGGAAAGUACAAGCUGCCCAAUCAGCAGAACGGACAGGUUUACCUGACAUCACAUCGCGUCUGCUAUGUGGACAAGAAUGAGCCGAGAAAGCACUCGGUCGCCCUUGAUCUGAAGGAUGUAGAGCGAUACGAGUUCUAUGCCGGCUUCCUCAAAUCGUCUGCAAAGAUCACGCUGGUACCUAAGCCGACAAAAAGACGCUCGGGUCUGCUGCAGCAAUCCAGAUCCCCCGGGUCUCCAUCCCCGCGAACCAGCGGCGCUGCAACCCCGAUACCGCGGCCGGCCAGCAACCCAAGGUCUCUGGCGCUCGACAGCCCUGCGCCAAACAGCACGGCCACAUGGGUCUGUACUAUCUGUAGCUUCUCGAACCCCGUGCCGUCAAACUUUGAUCCAGGAACCGCCAACGCUCAUACCCCGCUUCCACCAUGUUUGGCAUGUGGGAUCAAACCGGCAUUGACGCAUGUUCUCAAGGCCGCUAUCUCUAAUGCGGCCAGUCGACCCGCUCUGGCAGCACCCCUCCCUUUGCGACCACAAGCUCGACCACUGUCUGCUACCGACGAUUCUGGCCAGGAGUUACUCGGCUCAGGAGCUAAGGGCGGCCCGACCCCGACAGCAGAUCCUGAGGCGUCGUUUCAAUGUCCUCGCUGCACCUUUCUGAACCAUCCCUCGUUGAUGUCUUGUGAGAUAUGUGGCGCUCCGCUGGUAUCUCAAGGUGUUCCUGCCGAGUUAACAGCGUCAUAUGAUCGGGUAGACUCACCAGGGCCGUUUCUUACUCCAGUUGGUAACCUACCUGGCGUUGAGAAUCCCGAAAGUGUCAAGUUGUCAUUUCGAGGGGGUGGAGAAAAGAUAUUCUAUGAGCGUCUCAAGGGCUCCAUGGCGCAACGCAAGUGGCUUUUGCAAGAUGCACCCCCGAUACCCAGGUCUCUGGGAGGCGGUACAGCAGAUCCGGAAGGUGGCUCGUCGGGCAGGGGUACCCCCAACGAACGUGUCAAAACAGCAGGCAUCGCUGGGCUCGAGAAACGGGGUAUCGACCUGCGGAAGAAUAACGAAUUGGUGAUCGGUAGUGCCUUUGAAGAUCUCGAGGCUCUGAUGGCUUCGGCGAAAGAUAUAGUCGCGCUGGCAGAAUCAUUCGCGCGACAAGCAAACAGCGGUGGCGCAUCUUCCGAAGCGAAUGCCAUUUUGGCCGAGUCAGCGACUCAGCUAGGCUUGGUGACUACAAAGGACACCGUCGGCGGAAGCAGUUCAGAAUCUUUAUAUAUCUCUGAGCUGGCGAGGAACCUUGCCGAAUUUCUCACUGAUGACGCAAGGGGGGUGUUGCGGAAGGCCGGCGGAAUAAUCAGUCUCGUUGAUCUGUGGGCUAUGUUCAACCGGGCACGUGGAGGAGUCGAGUUGGUGAGCCCCAUGGAUCUCGAGAAAGCGGUGAGGCAGUGGGAGACGCUUCAGCUGCCCGUCCGCCUGCGAAUUUUCAAGAGUGGAGUUAUGGCUGCGCAAGGUGCGGACAGAACAGAUGAGAGCAUAGUCAAGGCCAUCCUGGGUUGGCUGCGAGACCUGCACGAGAUACCACCAGAUCACGAAGUGCCUUGGGAUUGGCGUGAGUUUGGUCGAGGAGUGACAGCGCAGGAUGCAGCAGAAAGGUUUGGUUGGAGCAUCGGCGUGGCCGAGGAGGAGCUGGAGAUGGCCGAGGAGCGCGGCGUCCUCUGCCGUGAGGAGGGUAUUGAGGGGUUGAAGUUCUGGGAGAACUAUAUCGAUACUGGCGAGGGCCUAUCUCCAGCCCAACUGGAGUCAAAGGCAGCCAAGGAGGCCCAGGCCCGGAUAUACAAGGCUCUGAGGCAGACGGGCAUGUUGUAG